AUGCAGACGUCCGCGCCUCCGUCGUCGUCGUCCCUCCUCGACGGCGACGGCGCGCGGCGAUGGAUCCCGGACGUGCGAAGGCAGCACCUCGAUCUCACGACCGGGGUGACGUCCCACGGCGGGUACGUCGACGGCGUCGCGACGAUCCACUGCCGGCCGCCGAGCGCGCCGCACGUCGAGGACGCGCGGACGAUCACGCUGCACGCGCACGAGCUGUGCGUGCGACGCGUCGUCAUCGACGGCGCGCCGGGGCGCGUGAUCCGACGCGGGCGGACGAUAGUCGAGCUCGACGGGAGCGAGACCCCCGCGACCGCCCCCGCCGCGGGCGCGGCGAGCGCGUCCUCCGCGGGCGCGUCGAUCCUAGCGGCGGCCGCGGUCGCGGCGCGGAGGGACGCGCGCGACGCGGACGCGGGCGACGGCGACGAGCUCGUCAUCGCGAGGAUGGACGGUGGGGUCAUCGCGCGCGGCGGCGGCGGCGGCGGCGGCGGCGGCGCGGACGCGGACGCUCCCGACGUCGUCGUCGUCGUGUGGUACGCCGCCGGGCCCGCGGUGGGCCGCCCCGGGGGACCGAGAGGGGUGAUACCAUCCGCGCGGGGCGACCUCGCGUCGCCGCCGACGCCGGUGGUUCCGCCGGGAGCGUCGAACCCGGCCACCGUCGACGACGAGAAAGCAGAAGCCGUCGACGACGACGACGACGGCUGGCCGCCCCCCGGCGCCGGCGGCGUCGCGUCCUACGUCGACCCCGACGAGGACGGCCUGCGAUACGUCGUCACCCCCGGCCCCGCGCUUCGCCCGGCGGCGUGGUUCCCGUGCGUGGACGACCCGUCGCGGUUGGUGCACUUUAGCGUCGCGGUCGCGUGCGACGACGACGUCGUCGCCGUCGCCCCCGGGGUGCUCACGAAGCGCGAACGCAUCGAACGGCGCGGGUACCACUUCCCGAGCGACGAAGAGGAGGCGGACGAGGAAGCGAACGGCGUGACGAAGCUCCGACGGUUCGUCUUCGCGAGCGGCGGCGUCCCCGUGCAAGCGCAUCAGAUGACGAUCGCGGUCGGGACCUUCGCGCGGAAAAAAGUCCCCGCGUCGGCGGCGCACGUCGCCUCGGCGGGGUUCGCCUUCGCCGCGGUCGCCGCCGCGGAGGAGGAAGUCGAGAAGGAAGAAGAGAUCAAGAAGAGAGGCAUCUCGGCCGCCCAGGACCAGGACGACGACGAGAAAGAGAACGACGCCGGGAAAGCGACCGCGCACUCGAACACGCACUCGCUCCUCGCGCCGCCGGCUUUCGACGCGGAGCUUCGAUCGGCGGCGUCCGCGACGACCGCGGUGCUCGCGUCGUUCGAGGAAUACCUCGGGCGCCCGUUCCCGUACCCCGGCGGACUCGCGUUCGCGUUCGUCCCCCCCGAGUGCAUGCCCAACGCCGGCGUCGCGUUCGUCGGCGCGGGAGUGACGAUCAUGACCACGGACGCGCUCGGACAUCCGCUCAGCGCGACGGACCUCGCGGCGUCGAGGACGGCGCUCGCGGAGUGCGCCGCGCGGCAGCUCUUCGGGGGUUUCUUGGAGCCUCGGGAGGACACCGACGCGUGGCUCGCGGAAGCGCUCGCCGCGCACCUCGCGGGGAAGUGCUACGUGUCGACGCUCAUGGGCGCGGACGAGAUGCGGUACAGGAGAGCGAAGGAGCUCGAGGCGAUUCUUCGCGCGGAUGACGGAUGCGCGAUGCCGCCGAUAAGUUCGAAAGAAGCGCGCGUGUGGCGCGGGGGACGGCACGCCGGCGGCGCGUCCGCGGCGGAGAUGCGCGCGAGGAAAGAAGCGGGCCUUCGCGCGGAGCGCGCGAAGACAGGAGGGGGUAAGGCGGCCGAAGGGGAGGAGGACGUCCUUUCCGCCGUCGAGCGGGACGCGCCGCCGGCGUCGAAAGCGGCGCGACCGCUCCCGCCGGACGUCGACCGGCUCGUGCGGUCGAAGGCGAUCGCGGUGAUCGGGAUGCUCGAGCGGAGGCUCGGGGACGAGGGUCUUCGAAAGGUCAUGAGGAAGCUCGCGUCGUUGCAGUGCAAGGCGAUCGGCGCGGAGGCGCUGCAAGAGACGGCGGCGGCUGCGGCGAAGGCGGCGAAGGCGGCGCGGGAAAAAGCCACCGCGGCGGCUGCCGCCGCGCGCGCGACCGAGAGCACGGACGAGGCUGCGACCGCGGCGCUCGCGGAGAAGGCGACCGCGGCGGCGAAGGAGCAGCUGCAGAAGGAUCACGAGGAAGCCGCGGCGUACCACGCGCUCGCGGAGUCCCCCGCGCGGUUCUUGCGUCAGAGCGUGUUUCUCACGUCGUGCCGCCAAAACGCGACAAUGACGAAGCAAGAGAUGGCCGCGUUCACCGCGCGGUGGAUCGAAGGCUGCGGGUGCCCGCGACUCACGGUCGGGUACACGUUCCGUAAAUCGCGCCGGCAGGAGCUCCUGUUCGCGAUCAAGCUCGACGGCUGCCGCGCCGCGGCGGCGGCGGACAAGAUUGCGUUUCGAAAAAACCCGAAAAUCUCCGUCACCGUGCGCGUGCAAGAGACGGACUUGCCGCCGUCCGAUCACGCCGUCUCCCUCAGCGCGCACGACCGCGCGUACUGCUUGAUGCCGCUGCAGCUCGUCACGAAGCCGAAGGACCGACGCACGAUCGCGCGGCAGCAGCAGGCGGCGCUGGAUCGUCAAGCGCGCGCGCGCGAGACGGGGAAUCAAAACCCAGACGACCUCGACGCCGCCGCCGCCGCGGAAGUGCUCCAGUGGGAAUGCCCGGUGAACUGGGUCCGGAUCGACCCGGAGGGGGAAUGGCUCGCGGAAGUUCGAGUCCCGAUCGAGCAGAUCGGUCUCGAGGGGAUGAUCACCGCGCAGUUGAGGAAGGAACGCCCCGCGGACGUCGGCGCGCAACUCCACGCCAUCGCCUACUUACGCGCGCGCGCGGAGGCGGGGUCCACGUCCGCGGUGAACGCGCUGCUGCACUGCGUCGAGGACGCGAAGACGUUCUGCCGCGUCCGCGCGGACGCGGCCAAGGCGUUGGGCGCGUGCGCGUGCGACGACACGCAGCGAUCGAACCUCGCGAUGACGUCCGUGAUGCGGACGUACCGGAAACGCCGAUGCGACCCGGAGACCGGCCUCCCCGCGCCGACGGAUCUUCGAAACUACGCGGACGCGCUCGUGGACGAGGGGCUCGUCGCCGCGCUCGGCCUGCCGCGCGUCCCCGCGAGAGAAGCCGCCGCGAACGACAUGGUGGACUACACCACCCCGAGCGAGUGCGUCGAUUUGCUCGUCGACAUGCUGAACAACCUCGAGAGCGACGGGGACCCGCACGACAUGUCGUCGCUCGUCGCGACCGCUCUGCGCGCGCUCGGCGCGGCGUCGCUGGAAAAGACGGACGCGCUCCAGAGCUCGUUGGACGCCAUCUCGAGGUGGCUGACGAAGGACGUCAACAUCUGCGGCGUCGGCGGGCGGACGCACGCGGGCGGACGCCGCGUCACGACGGCGGCGUUGGAGGCGCUGAGAGCCGUCGCGACGCGCCUGCCGUCGCUCGCGCGCGUCGUCGCCGUCGAACGCGACGCGAGAGCCGACGCGAGAGCCGCGUCGAAGAAGACGCUGAGGGACGCGGCGAGCCUUCGCCGCGGGGUGUCCGCCGCGCUCGCGCGGUGCCAGGAGGCGAUCGACGCCGCGUCGAAGGACGCUUGCCAGGCGGUGCGAAGAGCCGGUGCCGCGCUCGCGUUCGACGUCGAGAUGAAGCACGGCGGCGUCGCCGGCGCCGCGCGCGCGCUCGCGAACAGCGUGCUGCGGUGUAAGGUGGAGCACGGCGCCGCCGCGAAAGCGACGUUGCUGUGGGACGCGCGCGCGCGGAUGGUGGACAUCGAGACCGCCGCGAAGGUGUUCGCGCUGUUAGAGGCGGAGGGUCCCGCGGCGGCGUCGCGCGUCGAGGCGGCGACCGCGAACGCUCCCGCGCCCAUGGACGCCGACGGCGACGUUGACGUCGCGGCGGCGCCGACGAUGCCGCCGGGCGUGUCGGGAGAGGACGAGGUGAUCGCGGACGGGUAUCAUCUUCUGAGAUGGUCGCUGUCGUCGCUCAAUCGAGCGGCGCGGCGCGGCGGCGCGGAGGUGGCCGCCGCCGCGACGGCGUUGCUCCAUGUCGUCGCCGGGCGCGACGGGCGCGCGGACGAGAAGGACGCGUUGGGGUAUAAACUUCGCGAGGAAGAGGUCAACGCGACGCUCGCGGGGAUGGGGGACGCCGGCGGUCCUUCCGCGGUGGCCGCGGGCGGCGGUGACGCCGUCGACGCGGAGGAGGAAAAGGAGCGGGCGGAGCGAAAGCUGCGGAAAGCGCAGCGCGCGCGCGAAAAAGCGGAGAAGGAAGAACGCCGCGCGACGAAGCGCAAGGCGAAGGAAGCGCGCCACGCGGCGAGAGCCGCGGAGGAAGCCGCGGAGCGCGCGGCGCAGGGGCUCCCGCCGCGCGGUCAGGGCGCCGCGGAGGAUUCCGAGGCGCUGGACGACUCGCAGAUGCCGGAGCCGAGCGGCGUGUCCAAGGGCGUCAGCGACGGCGGCACCGUCAUCACGGGCGCGACCGGGUUGACCGGGACGGGGACCGGCGCGGCGACCGGGACUGGGACGGGGACUGGAGCGGCGACGGGGACGACGUCCGCGAUGACCGGCGGCGCCUCGGAGGACGCCGCGGCGGUGACGAAGCCGGAGCCCGGGGUGGAGGCGUCCGCGUUGUCUACGGAGGCGCCUCCCGUCUCCGAGGCGGCGGUCGCGGCGCCGGCGGCGGCGCCGGUCGUCGCGCCGGUCGCCCCCGACGCCCCCGUCGCUCCUUCUGAGCCUCCCUCCCAGGCGGUCGGGGAGAAGCGCGCGCGGUCUCCCGACGCGGUCGCGCCCGCGGCGACGACGCCGCUCCCGGAGCAACCGGCGAAGAAGCCGCGUCUGACGUUUUCGUUUGGCGCGAAAAAAGUCGCGGCGGCGGAGCCCGCGCCCGCGCCCGCGCCCGUUCCUCCCGCCGAGGCCGACCCCGCGGAGAAGAAGGUCAAGAAGGAGAAGAAAGAGAAGAAAGAGAAGAAAGAGAAGAAGGAGAAGAAGGAGAAGAAGGAGAAGACCGAGGCGUGAUGACGACGGUCAUGUUCCGCGCUCUUUUUUCAGUCUCUGUCGCGUGUCAUCAGACAAAAGUAGCCACAC